AUGGGUAUAGCUGAACAGUUCAGAUUUGGGGCUCGGAAACACCCACUCAGCAUUUCUAUUGUGUGUAUAACACUAUUCCAUGUAGUUGUAGGAGAAUUUUGUUAUUUUAACACCGACCCUUGCAUUUGUCAGACCAACACUUUUGAGCUGAAUCUCAAGCCCUUAAUGGACGCAAUGCGUGGGGCCGAUUUCGUUGCAACAGUAGAAGAAGAUUUUUUGACAUAUAUCUAUUACGUUCAGCCUUGCAACAGAAGACUCAGCUCCCAGAUUGCUCCAUGCACUAACGUGGAUUCAGAUUUGGUAAGCUGUCAACAGUUGCAGUCAUCGACUAUGGCCUUUGGUCUUGGUGUGGUCGGGUCCUUUGAAGCCACGAAAGUACAAGACGAUUAUGUAUUGACAAACUCAUUCAGAAGAUAUGACGACACGGUGACGAGACAAUUACAGUUGACAAUCAAAUGUUCGGACCAGGAGGCCGCCUUUUCAUAUCAAGGAAAUUCGGGGCCGAUAUUUUCACCGAUUGUAUAUCGGUUCGCAUUGCUAACAAAAUACAUAUGCAGCGGAGGCGGCGGUGGUGAUAUCAAUAUAAGCGUCGAAGUUGGCAUCAGCGCUGGAUCAAUUAUGGUUAUAAUAUUCUUUGUUGUGAUUGCUGUGUAUUUUGUUGGAGGUCUACUUUUCCAAAAGUUUGUGAGAAAUGCCCAGGGAACAGACAUUAUUCCCAACGUUUCAUUUUGGGCAGCUAUUCCGUCACUUGCUAAGGAUGGUGUUUUGUUUCUAGUCCGCGGUUGCAAGGGAGGAGCUUCUUAUACAAGCACAUAA